AUGGCCAAGGAAGCGCCCGUCAAGACCGGUCUCAUCACCGGUCUCAACCAUGGACACGUAUGUCGAACCAUUACUACCACCGCAACCACUACCGCCGCCAAGGAUGGGCUUUUCUGUCGAGAAGGGAAAUCGGCGGCACUGUCCCCUCUCCCCCACACCCGCUUCAAGACCACCGCUCGUGUCGUCAAGCCCCGUGUCUCCCGCACCAAGGGCCACCUGAGCAAGCGCACCGCUUUCGUCCGUGACGUCGUCAAGGAAGUCUCCGGCCUUGCCCCCUACGAGCGCCGCGUUAUCGAGUUGCUCCGCAACUCCAAGGACAAGCGCGCCCGUAAGCUCGCCAAGAAGAGGCUCGGCACCUUCGGCCGUGCCAAGAGAAAGGUCGAGGAGAUGACCCGCGUCAUCGCCGAGUCCCGCCGUGUCGGUCACUAA